AUGACAUCAUUUGCAUGUAACUAUGGUUCAGUCUUCUUCUUUGUUCUCUUUUCUCUUGCAAUGCUUGACAUGCACGUAGCUAAUGAGGUUAAGGCUGUGCCAACAUUGUUCAUAUUUGGUGACUCAACUUUUGAUGUUGGAACCAAUAAUUUUAUCAACACUACAGCAAAAGCCAAUGUCCCUUUUUAUGGGGUUGAUUCUCCUUUUUCGGUUCCAACUGGAAGGUUCAGCAAUGGCCUUAACACUGCUGACCAAAUUGCGAAACAAUUUGGUUAUCAGAAGAGUCCACCGCCAUUUUUGGCUUUGGAUAAAUUUCACUAUAGUUCAAAGCUCAACAUUCUGAGGGGUGCAAAUUUUGCUUCUGCUGGAUCUGGAAUUCUUAGGCAAACAGGACACAAACAAUGGCAAGAAGUGGUUUUCCUUGAAAAGCAAGUUCAGCAAUUUGCCGUGGUCCGUGAAAGUAUAAACAGACUAUUAGGUGAAUCAAAAGCUUCUAAAUUUGUUUCAAAGGCUGUGUUUCUCAUUAGUACCGGAAGCAAUGACCUCUUCGAUUUCGCAAGUAACAAAAGUGACAUUCAUUUUGGCGUGGAAGAAUAUUUCUCUACUCUACAACUCAACUAUUUCUAUCAAAUAAGGACACUAUAUGAAUUAGGAGCUAGAAAGUUUGGUAUCCUAAGUGUUCCACCUAUAGGAUGUUGUCCUGCAGUAACCUCUUCCAAUGGAGGCAACUGUGUGCAGCCAUUGAAUGAUUUUGCUAUUGCAUUCUACAAAGCAACUCAAGCUGUUUUGCAAAAAUUGAGUUUUGAAUUUGAAGAUUUUGAGUACUCACUUGCAAACACUUUUGCAAUGACCACCACCUUAUUAAACACUCCAUCUACCUUUGGGCUGAAUGAAACAAAAUCAGCAUGUUGUGGAAUUGGAAAGUUGAACGGAGAGGGUCCAUGUGUGAAAGCCUAUAAUGCAAAUCUUUGCCCUAAUCGUGAUGAUUAUUUGUUUUGGGAUUGGUUUCAUCCAACUGAAAAAGCUUCUGGGUUGGCAGCUCAGACUCUAUUUGCAGGAGGGAAAGAGUUUGUGUUACCAAAAAAUUUUAGUCAGCUAAUUUGUUGA